AUGAGCGCCUCGGCCAUCCGCCGAAAGUCCUACAAGAGAGCCCAAGAGGAAGCCGGGCUGUUCUCCCCCGUCCACUGGGAGGGCGACAAGGGCAGCAACGGAGACGUUCCGGCUGGGAAGCUGCAGGUCAUGGAAAAGUUCUUCACGCCUGUCCGGCAGACCAAGGAGAACAAGGGGGCCUCCUCCUCUUCCUCCACCGACUUGGGGCUCAGGGACUGCAGCAGCUGCCACCAGCAGUGGGCCGAGAGCCGGAGCGGCCACUUCUCCACGCUCUCGUCAUCCUCAGCCUCCUCCACCUCGGCCUCCUCCUCAGCCUCCAGCUCGGCCUCGUGGUCCUCUGAAGCCAGCCUGGACAAAGAGGCCUUCUUGCUGACCAGCCCUCGCUACCACCCCCAGCACUCGCAGUCCUGCGUGGACCUUUCAGGAGAAGCCAGGGCCUUCCGCCGCAGUCGGGAAGAAGAAAUGGCGGAGUUUGAGGAGGAGGAAGCUCCCGGCUCCUUCAGCCGCUUGAGGAAAGGACAGAGCAAGAGUGCCGACCGGCUGGGCAACCGCCACGGCCUGCAGUCGCAGCCUGGCCAACCCGACGGCGUGGACAGACACCUCUACAAGGCUGCCAGCCUGGAGCGCAGCCUUGCCUUCAGCGAGCAGGCGGAAAUCCUGGCCCCGCGACAGCCCCACUAUGCCGGGGCUCCAGCGCCAAGCAAAGGCAUCUUGAAAAACGGGACGGUGGCCGGUGGUGACUGGCUGCGGAAGGCCAAGUCCAUUGAAACCAUCACUGUGCGGUCCGUAGGGAAGGAGCCUCCGUCUGCCCCCGGGCCUGCUAGGCCUCUCCAGAGGGAGAAGCAGCCCCCAAACAGCUUGGAUCUGAGCGCCCCCAAAAAGCCCCCCGUCACAGAAAGGAUGAAGCUGGUGGAGGAGAAGCUCCGCUUCUCAGAGUUCCUGAACGAGAUCACCCAGCAGGUGAUGAGCCCCUCCAGCCUCAGUUCGCUGGGCUGGAAGCCCCCAGAGCCCUCCCUGGCCAGCAAGGCCCCCAGCACCGACGGGUCAGACUCAAAAGGCUCCAGCAGCAAAGGCAGCUCCCCAGGGUCCUUGCUGGAGAUGGCUGAGGCGAAAGCAGAGGCAGCGGCAAGGAGGAGGACGGGGCAGGCCGAGGCCAAGGCGGACGCCCUUCCCAGCCCCCACAGCCGACCCCAAGCCAGCCUGGCCUUUGGCAGGGCCACAGAUGAGGCCAGUACCAGUCCGGAACUGGCGCCCUUCACUCACUUGCCAGCUAAGCUGGGGAGUUUGCCUAAGCUGCCAGGAGAGGCAGCCAAGCGGCCGAAGAAGCCCAGCGAGGCCAAAGGUGGACACGGGCAGGAGGCCAAGAGGCUGGAACAGCCCCUCAAGAAAGCAGAGAAGGGCCUUCCCACCGGAGGGACAGCCGAGAAAGCCAACCCUCUGGAAGAGCACGAGGGUGUAGCCGCGAAGAAGAGGAUGCACAACAGCAAGGUAUGGGGGCCUGGCAGGGGCCUGUGGGGUUUCCUCCUCGGAGUGCCUUUCCCUGCCAUCCUGCUGCCCCACACCAUUAACAAAACCCAGGUGAGCUGCCAAAGGCUCACACCUUCUAGGCGGCCCAUUAAAUCUCAAUGAUGGAAAAGCACUCUGUACGUGUUCAGUCAGGCCACAGGGUCUGAUAACCUGAGGUCGAGCCGCACAAUUUAGGAGGGACUUGAACUUGUAUUUCCUGUGCAUUUUCAAAGGCCACACACUAUGUUUUUCAUUUGGCUAACUAGAGAGCACAAACCUUUAGUGGCACGUGGCCUUACCUGGCUAUGUUCUGAUCCCUUUUCAUAAACCUAUGGGGAGGCCGCACUUGGAAUAUGGCGCCCAGUUCUAGCCAUCGCAUCCCAAAAUGAAUACUUGGGAAGGUGCAGAAAUGAGUGACUAAAAUGAUUAGAGUGUUUCAGGAAGACCCAUUUGUGAAAGGCUAAUUUUUUGGGUGGGGGAUGAGGAAGAGAAGACUACAGGUGGGGGAACAUGAUGGAGACUUUAAAAAUCAUAAAGGUCUCUACAAUAUCCUUUUUGAUGUGAAGCAAUCAGUAUUCUGCAUGUAGCUGUAUUGGAUAACCACUCUAUAACGUUGGCUCAUUGGUCCCAGAGUUCCCAGAUUUGGGGCAGGGCAUGUCCAAGUUGGGAAGAUGCAAUCCUAUUUCUCCUCUAAUGCAUAGGAAAAUGUUUCUGGAGUUGGGGACACUGACUCAUCUGGUAGGUGUGUGUGUUUAAACCUGUUGUCACAAUCUUAAGUGGUAGUAUCUUUGCUUUAGAGAAUAAUUUAAAAAUGAAAGUAUGGAGAUUAAUUUUCCCUUUUUUUUAUCUCCAGGAGCUGCUGGCAGAGGCAGAACAACCUGUGUGAGUAUGCAAAUCAGCAGUUGGUUGACCCAGGGUCUUCCUCCAGGGAUCAUCUUCCAGCACCUAUCCUCUCCCUUCAUGGGGCAGCAGUAGCAAAGCAGGGAGCCAGUGGUAAAAGUUCUACCUGCUUUGCGGUUGCCCUGGCUGCUGCUCCCUUUCUUGCUGCUGCUGCUUGCUUAAGACACUGCAGCUACAGGUAUCAAACCGCCUACCACCUGCAGAGAUUUUGAUCCUCUGCUGCUGUUCGCUAGAAUUGCUUCUCCAUCUCAUGUACACACUCCCUACUGUCAUUACAGGCCCUCACAGGAGCAGGAGCCAGCAUCCCCAGCGCAGAAGGAGGAAGCAGAUGCCAAACCCAGAACGGCUCAGCGAGACCUGCAGAAAACCUGGGACGAGCUGGACGCUCUAAAAGAAAAAUUCAGCAGGUGACGCGUCAAAAGCACGGCGGUCAGGGCUCAUCCUGUAUUCAGGAUUUGUGAAAGAGCUUUUUCCAGGCCAACCUGCAUGUAGCGGGGAGGAGUUUGCUCUCAAAGCCCCGCCCUUUGGGGGAGGAGCAAAAGAUGCUUCAAUUGGAUUAAUGCAACCAAUUGAUAUAUUAAUAUAUAGAGUAAUUUUGUGCAGGACUUUGGCUCAGAGUUUUUCCUGUCAUGACUGUAUUUCCUUCCUUUCAGGCUUCAGGAAGACUAUUCCAACACACGCCUCACUAACCAGCUGCUGGAAGACAGACUUCAGAUUAUUGUAAGGGAAACGUUAAAAAACCGAAUGAAUAAAUUUGGUUCUCGCCAUUAUAUUAUACAUACUGGCAAAAAGCAAAAAUACAUCGCCACUGGGAACUAUACCGCUGUGCUAUGUCAAAACAUGCAUGAAGUUAUCAAGAUGAUGGUUCCUUUUUUAGCAGCCACACGUCCAGCUGUUAGUGAGAAAAAGAUUCUCACCACCCUGCCUCUUUAGAGUAGCAGCUCCUAAAAGUAUGGGAGACGAGUUAUAUGGUCAAACUAAUGGAUCUUGUUGGAAGAAGAGAAGGAAUAUAAUUAUUUUUUUGAAAAGCGGAGCUUUUUUUCUUCUUAUUCUGGAACCAGUAAGUUCAGAGCACAACCCAGUGCCCUAUGAAUAAGGUUGUAAAAAGAGAAGACAACAUUGAGCCCCACUGAAAUAGAUGCACAGCAAGACUCACUUAGGCCCAUUUAUCUUUGUGGGUCUAUUCUAGAUGGAUCCACCCCAAUAUGUUUAAAUACAUAGCUGUUUUUGCUUUUUUAUUAUUAUAUUUUAUUCCCUCUGCAUCCCUGUCCCCCUUACAGUAACUGGCCCCUAGGCUUGUCGCAAGAAACAUACUUAAAUUACCGUACUUAUUUAAUUAAGUUACACUUUGCAACACCAAUUAGAGUGUAUUCUAUUUGUAUUAUUAUGCCUUGCUGCUCUCUCUGUCUCUCUCUCUUUCUGGCCUCCUUUGCUGACUUGCCUCCCCGCCCCAUGCUUUCCUCACAACAGGCUCAGAGCAUGGCUGAAGAAAAGCAAACUUUGAACCAGCGGAUCAAUGAGUUGCUGGAGAGGCUGAUCAGUGCCCAAAACACAAUUUGCACCUUGGAGAAAAUUAACGUGAGUACUUUGAUCAACGUACUUUUUUUGGGGGGGGGGUGAGGAGAGAAAGGUAGAACAACAGAAUAAUGGAGGAGAACUUGAAUCAUGGGAGGUCCAAUUUCCUCUGCCCCACUACUCUAGCGGGGGAAAUUCAGAGUGCGAGACUAUUCCCAACAAAAGGCUCUUGAAAUUCUACUUCAAGACCUCUAAAGGAGGAGAGCCCAGCACCCCACAGGUUAGGUUGAUCUCACUUAUCCAUCAAGAGGUUUCUCCUACUGCCCUCUUGCUCCUCUUUUGAAACCUCCUUAGAUCUAGUCCUGCCCUCUCUCUGGGGCAGCGGAGAAAAGAAGCAGCCUUUUCCCACUGCUGUGUGUGAUGGUGCUGCUGGCAAGAGCCCUUCCAAUAUUGUUGCCCCAGUCUUCUCUUAUCCAGUUCCUUCAACUUUUCCUCAUUUUCCAUACAGGCAGCUCCCUGUUUAUGCAGGUCUUACGUUCCAAGACACCGCACACAUCUGUGAAAUCGCAUAUAAUUGAAACCCAUUGAAAACCCCCGCAAACAAACCACUCCAUCCCUAUCCCACCCUUUUAGUGAUAUUUCAGUGACUUCAGGAUUCAGCGUGAUGCAUUUAUACACGGUUGUACACAUCUUGAAUGUGCAUAAACCGCUCUCCUCCAAAUCUGUUCCACUUUACAGGGGCAAACAUAUUUAAAGCAUAUCCUCAAGCUACAAGACCUGCUGGGAUUUUUUUGGGAGGGAAGGCUAUUACCUAAAUGGUCCGAAUGGUCUUUGCUCUCUCUCCACUCACAGAUCUCAGGGCUGCUGGCAAAGCCUAGCCUGGAAAAGCAGCGGCGCAGUGGGAAGGACGAGUCUCCCUCCGACAGCCUCUGCUCUCUGCACGUUCUGGAUGUCGCGCCCCCUCCUGCUUUCAUGGAUGGCGCCUCUGAUACGCAAACCACCCCGAACCAGUCCGACUCAGCCACUGAAACCAGCAAGCUGGGCUGCAGCUCCGAAUCGGACACAGCAGCCGGGCCUAGCGAGGAGAGGAGCCUCCUGCUGAAGUAUGAGGCGGCCCUGGUGGCACCGUCCCCAGAAGGGCUAAAGAGACACAGCAAGAGCCACACCCGGGCCACAGCCUUCAUCCCCUGGAAGCAGAAGUCCACCACGUUCUCAACGCAAGACACGAAUUCGACAGAAAGCGAGUGCAGCGGGGAGGAGGAAGCAGCCCCGCUUUGCCCCCUCCCAGCCCCGCGCUUCCUAUAUUUGAGGCAGGAGGCCCUGGUGGCCCCGCCGGGGCCCAGCAGCCAUUUCCCAGCCUUGCCCACACUGCAGCCAGAGGUCUUUGAAGCAGCCCACCUGCCUUCCCCCACCAACCUGCCGCCCAGUGGGAAGCUUGAGGAGAUGGUGCCAGAAAUGAGCAGCUCUGAGAGCUCUGAGGAUGGCGAGGUCUCCUGGAGCCCUGGCUUGGUGGAGAAGACAUCAGGAGGACCCCACCUGGAUUACCAGUCGGCCCAAAAAAUGCUUGACGGCCUGCUGCAGAAGAGCCGCCGGGGGAAUGAACCACCCAAAGCGGGCAGGUUGGAAGGCUUCCGCUUAGCUGGUGCCACAGAGGGGAACGGAGCAGGCCGGGGCCUCCCUCACUACCACCAGCAGCAGCACCAGCAACACAGGAUCCGUUACUACCAAGAGUUCCCGAGUCCUGAGGAGGGAAAGAGCUACCCAUGCCCCCUGGGCACCACGGGGGCAGUGGUGGGGCUAGAGGCCAGCGAUGCUGCACAAGAUUCUACAUCCCUCUGAGAUGGGAUGAAAAGAAGCCGCUCCCUUAGCCAUGCCAUACUUCCCACCCCCUGCAAUCCACGGGACUGUCUUUCCUUACUCAGUGGUGAAGAAAAAGCACUCUGCACGUGACUCAGAUGAACUUUCUCCUUUAGGCUUAUCUUCAUAUGAAUCAGGUCCUGAACCAGGUCCUGAGCUAAGCUCCUGGACCCCAUGGGAACCUUGGCCAGCCCCUUUCCCACCUCUCCUCCAGGUGUAACUUUUGGUUGUAAUUCAAUCCCCGUUUUGAUUUAAAAAGCAUCAGCAGCAGCUAGCUUAUAUUAAAUCUCUGUCUUGUAGUUUGGAAAGUUUAUUUUAGUGAAGAGGAAAUCUGAUGAUGUGCUUCUUCUUUCGUAACAAAUGGGGUGCAAGUUUAUUUACAGCGUGAAGCACGUCACACUGAAGUUCAGACACAUGAGAAGCAGUCACCUAAAGGACAAUUCACUAUUUGCAUUCAGAAGUGUGUGUUGUUGUUGUUUAAAGAUAAUUCCUGUAAGGCAGAGCUUUCCAAACUUUUUAUGUUGGUGACACUCUUUUUAGACAUGCAUCAUUUCGCGACACAGUAAUUCAGCUUUACAAUGGUACCUCGGGUAACGAACUUAAUUCAUUCCAGAGGUCUGUUCUUAACCUGAAACUGUUCUUAACCUCACGGGGCUUCCCACUGCCACCACACCACCGGCGUGCAAUUUCCAUUCUCAUCCUGGGGCAAAGUUCUCAACCCAAGGUACUACUUUCGGGUUAGCGGAGUUUGUAACCCGAAAUGUUUGUAAUCUUGAGCUACCACUGUACUAGCAAACUGGAGGUUAAAUGAACGCAUUCAUGUGACACAUCUACACACUGCAGCUGAAAUGCUAAUAUGUCACUACACACAGUUUAGAAAGCUCUGCCGUAAGGGCUUAGUAUGGCAAAGAGUGAUCUAAUUUUCUAACCAGGCUUUUACCUGUAAGCAUUGUAUCAGGCCAGCACUGUUCUUGUGGGUUUUCGCUGGGUGGUUGUUAGCUUUUGAAGCCUAUGAACUAGAAAAUGUAUAAGCAACUAGAAUUCUAAACAGGUCAUAUGGGUUUACCAUUCAUCUUCAACAUUUUCCCACCUCCUUGAUCAAAAGAAUGAUGGCUCAAAAUAAUGCCUUCUUGGGGAAGGUACAAUUCGGAAUAACAGGAUUUAAACUAAAAUUAAGUGACAACUUAAUUUUAAUUUUCUAUUGUGGAAAUCCUGGUGGAGUAUUUUUCUUUUAUUUUCAUCCCUCAGAUGUGCACAGAACCGGCAAACUAUGCGACGACAAACAAUACUGGGCAGCAAUCUGAUAAGCAUGUGUGGAGCACUUAAGAUUGCUUUUGUUUCUUUUCUGCUGUGCUUCUCGUAAAUAUACAUAAUUGUUUGGAAAGGAAAUCUGACUUUAAUGUAAAUAAAUUUAUCAACACAAGCAUAUUAAAAUUAAAUCAAAAUCAGU